GAAAAAAAAAUCAAUUAAAAAGAAGAAGUUAGUGGUUCUUGUCAAUUUGCCCACUUUUCCACAUAAGAAAACCACAAAAACAUAACACCUCAUCAAUAAUAUACAUUCAUGUAUCCCCCAAAAAAUAAUAAUUAUUCUCUUUAAUUCUCUUCCUUUUUUUAUACACAUAUAUUUGACAAAAGAGUGGAAGAUUCAUCACUUCACUUUCACAUUGACAUUUUAGACAACUAAUAGUAAAACUUUGUUAAUCCACACUAUAUACUUUCCUGACCUUUUGGGAUCAUCUGCUUAAUUACCCUUUAACCAUAGUUAGUGGAUACUUUAUCCUUUAUAUCAUCCCAAUUCUUUUCUAUAUAUACAUAACUAUCAAAGUGUGGACACUCUACCUAUUUCAAAAACGAGUAAAUCACUCACUUUCUCUCUCCUCAUCUAAAUACUCAUCCUAAUCAACACUUUUUUUUUCUCAUCCAAUCUUAUAUUAUACAUCACCUAAAUCAAAAUAAACAAAAUCCCAGAAAGAGAAAAUGGCGAACAAAGUGUACGAGGAAGCCAUAGCUGGUCUCACGAAGCUUCUAAGUGAGAAAGAAGGAUUAGAUGACGUAGCAGCCGCAAAAAUAAAGAAGAUAACAGCCGAGUUGCAGGGACAAACAACCCAAAAUGGCGUAGCCAACGGCAAAGCUGAUCUAAAGUUCGAUCCUCAUGAGCGCAUCAAAUCCGGUUUUAUCCGGUUUAAAACUGAAAAAUACGAAAAGAAUCCUGCUUUGUACGGUGAACUUGCGCAGGGUCAAAGUCCUAAGUUUCUUGUAUUUUCCUGCUCAGAUUCCCGCGUUUGUCCUUCGCAUAUUCUUGAUUUUCAACCUGGAGAGGCCUUUUCAGUCAGAAAUAUUGCCAACAUGGUCCCACCUUAUGAUAAGACAAAAUUUUCUGGCACAGGAGCAGCUAUUGAAUAUGCUGUUUUGUUUCUCAAGGUGGAGAAUAUCGUUGUGAUUGGACACAGCUGCUGUGGAGGAAUAAAGGGGCUUAUGUCCAUCCCUGAUGAUGGUAACACUUCUACUGAUUUCAUAGAAGAAUGGGUACAGAUUUGCAAUCCUGCUAAGUCCAAGGUGAAAUCAGAUCUCAGCUGUGGAGAGUUUUUGGACCAAUGCAAGAACUGUGAGAAGGAAGCUGUGAAUGUUUCCCUUGGAAACCUCUUAACAUACCCAUUUGUAAGAGAAGCAGUGUUGAACAAAACUUUAGCUCUGAAGGGUGCACACUAUGAUUUUGUCAAGGGAUGUUUUGAGCUGUGGGAUCUCGACUUUACUCUAUCGCCUUCUAUCUCCCUAUGAAAAAAUGAAUGUUGUUAUCAAUAACCAUGUUUUGGUUUCAUGUUCUUCGGUUUUUGAGAAGUUCAUCUUUUUCUUCUUGAAAUGUGCUUACUUUGCUUCCGUGUUUGCUGUAUAUCUAUAUAUAUGUAUGUCAAAUUCACAAAUAUUACAAUAAUAAUCAAUUUCGAU